GCGAGUGACAGAUAGUACGGAGAGGUGAUAGAGGCGGGAUGAACACAUCAAGCACGUGUUUCUCCUCGGAGUCUGACUUCUGUUCGGAUUGUGGCUCGGUGCUGCCCCCUCCUGGUAUCGCGGACACCGUCACAUGCCCAUGCUGUGGCCACCCUACACAAGUGACAGCUUUCUUAGGGAAGUGUGUUCGGACAUCAGUAAUGUUUAACAAAUUGGACACCAUUGCCCUAUCAAAUGAGGCUGAAGAUACUGGAGCCUUGAAAGGACCCCUGAUUGACAGGCGCUGCUCACGCUGUGGGUAUGAAAAAAUGGUUUAUUACACGAGACAGAUGCGUUCAGCGGAUGAAGGUCAGACUGUCUUCUAUACUUGUAUGCAGUGCCGCUUCCAGGAGAAGGAAGAUUCCUAAUGGUCAUGUCCAGCAAGAUUAAGUCAAAUGUCUUUUUAUGUAAAUAAAAUUAUAUUUUG